UUUUAAGAACUAAGCUUUCGUUCACCAUUGUUGUUAGGGCGGCUUUUGAUUCCUUCUAUAAACUUGUGAUUUUAAACCAGCUGGUUCCAGAAGCCAAUGCUGGCAUUACAGAAUGAGUUCCAAAGUCAAGUCUGAAAAGACAAAAGUGAAGUUUGCCCAGUCAAAUAUUAAUCAUGUUUACAAAGGGAAUACUACAGAACCUCAGCAUAAACCAACUGUGCGACAAUAUGGAAUGCAAGUUGUCGGAAAGCUGCAAGGAACUCGUCGAUUGCCGCCACCAGCUUGGGUCCCUAGUAUCAAGGCUGAAACAGGCGGUCUGGACAGUCGAGUUUCUCUUGUUCCCGCGGGUGGGGGUGGGUGGGGUGCACCCCCUACUUCAAGUUCUGAACAGCCAACUGUAUCAUCCACGGCAACUGACACCCUUCCAACUGUAUCUACCUUACCCUCCGUGAAUGGUGCACUAUAUAGUGAAACAGUCGGAAUUUCUCUUGAACCAGCUUAUACAAAGUUCGCAUACGGUAAACCGGAUCCGGUAGCAACGGGUGCAUCAACAUUGCAAGAUACUGUAACUGGUGUAAACGGUUCUAUUAAGACGAAUAAAACUGAAGAAGUAGUGAAAGAUAAAUUAUCGAAUCAACCACCGAAACCGGCAAGUGAUAAGCCAGGAUCAAGUGGAGGAUUAGCAGCUAACAAGCCAUUCUUCCAAAGACCAACUCCGAUUGUAACCACUUCUAGUACUACAACUACAACGUCUACUAAACCUGAAAUUCCAGUGAAGAAUGAUGGGGGUGCUCGCGAAAUAGUUGGAGAGCCUUCUGGUUGGGUUGCUAUUGGACAAGAUGAGCCUGACUUCGACGAACGAAUAAUUUUCAGUGAUGAUGAAGAUUAUGAAGUGAAAUCUACCAGGUCAAACACAACAACAAACAUACCGGAACAAUCUGCACAGUUUUCUAUUCCUCCCCCUAAUACUGUUCAAACCAGUUUGCAUACUAUACCUAUGAAACCUUUUGUUAACCCGUCGACCAAUUUUCAAGGAGCUUGUGUUAUGCAAUCACAACCGACGGUACCUCAAAACAUGUACGGAUCUAAUUUAAUCACAUCAGACACUUGGUCUGCCGCAGAUGCAUCAUACACUCGAAACUGUUCAAUUAGCCACCCCCGGCCUCCAUCACUUAAUCUUCCCUACAGCAUGGCAUCAAUAAACGCUCCUUGUGGAAUUGCUCCUGAUGCUAACCGUUCAUUACCAAAUGGGCAGUUUAUGAGCCAUGUCACAUCUCCAGGCGUUAUUGAUUCGUUCUAUCCUCCACACUCACUUCAAAAUCGUUUGGCGGCCUCGAUUACGAGCGGCAUUACUGAUUCUGUAAGAUCAGCAGCCGAUGUGGACACUGAAUUACAACAGGCACAGAGGCAGGCACGAACUCAAGAAUUUAAAAAUGCAGUUGAAAGAGCUCAACAGGCACGAGCACGGCAAAAGCUUUCUGAAAGUUGCUCAGCUGAAAAUGAUAGCAUGUUGUCUAAGUCUGCUCUGGGUCUCUUGCCCAACAUGUCAGAAAACAGGCCAAUUCCAUCAGUUCCUACACCUUUCGCGCCUACGACUAGCCAACCUGGUCCUAAUUACUUGUUUCCAGUGGGGGAUCACUCAUCUGUUAACCAUAUGCUAAAUAUCCCUCAUAAUAUGCUUUCUGCGUUUCCAACAUCAGGACCUCUGGAUAUAACUACCGCUAUUGCCGCUGCUACUGCUGCAGCCAUGGCGUACACAGGUGGGACAGAUAGUGGGGUCCCAGAAAGAAGUGCAGUUGAUAUACCUCUUAAUGCUUCUUCAAUAAUGUCUCAGACACAGUUACCGAUGCCUAUAAGUUCUAACACAGCAACUGCUGGCGCAUGGCAAACUCCGUUCGCUUCAAACAAUUCCCUACCUGCUGCUAUGGUUCGAUUGCUUUCUCAACAGCCUCAUAUGGCACAGUUACUGCAGAACGCUCUAAAUAUGCCUACGGGUAAUUCUCAAGUGCCUAAGUCUACUCAGCAUUCACAAGGUGUGUUUGUAAAUCCAGACUUCAUCGUGGAACGUUUUCUCGAAAUCUUCAAUCAGUCACAGGUAAAUCGACCUCAGGGACCCUCCAUUAGUCCACCCAAAAACACGUCUUCAGAAUCAAAUGCUCAGGUCCCAACAUCUACCCUGCGACAUGAUCAGUCUUCUACUAGUACUGUGGAUUCAUGCCUACGGAACCAGUUCGCAUCUACGACACCAAUUUCAAAUGAUCCUGAUGAUUCUGUUGACUCACAAAACACUAAAGAUUUUGAUGGAUCAAACGAAAAAUCUCAUCGAGUUCACAAAGUUUCCCAAUCGUCCAACAGAUCAGAUGUCCCCGUGGUUACUACAAGCUCUACUGUAACAAGUAGCAAUUCUCCCAGUCAACGAACUACUCGUGUUCCUGGUUUAAUGGAUAUUAAAGUGUCAUGUGCAUCAACUCAACAUUUGGCUCAUCUCUGGGACAAAGAAGACCACUUACUCGACCCAGGACACCGUGGUUUUCGAGGGCGUGGAAAGAGUUUGAUGCCAUACAAGCCUCAGAGAGGGAAUACUAAGGGUCGUGGAACCACUAGAAGCCAUCUUUUGGAAGCGGUGACAAGUGACUUAAAAUCUAUGAAUCUUCGCGAAUCAGGUAAUCCACAGUUCUCUGCAGACGAUUAUGAUGUAUCACAUCGAUCACAUAGUGUUUCGAAAUCAUUGAAAUCUUGGCAUUCAAAAUCGUCACGCAGUGUUGAUGAUUCAGUGAUAGAUACCUAUGGUACAAAUACACGAGUCAAAUCUGGAUUUAUCAAUGAUGAACAUGUGAAGUACAGAAAACAGAAUCGAAAUAUCACAGAUGAUGGUAAUUGUUGGAUGCGUACAGAUUUAAACGAUCAUAGUUCAACUUCUGUGUUAUCUAGCGAUAGUGACAGUAAUGAAUGCGGUAUUCUUAGUGAUGUUCAAGAAGGUGAUGGUACUGAAGAUGACAAGGGCUAUAAACAAAACCGUAAUGAUUCUGUAAAGAAAGGCAAUCAACACUUAAGUAAAUAUUCACAUCCAAAUCAAACUGGAAUUUCCGAUAAUACAGAUAAUAAAAAUAAAAGUCUCAGUGCAUCAUCAUACAAUAAACGAGGUCGACGUGGUCGUGUUGGGACGAACAGUCAUUUUACAAGUUCCAGGAGUUAUACUACCGAUGACUUCUCAUCAUACUCAAAACGUUAUUCAAAAGGUUCGGAGCAAGACUACUAUUGGCGUCAGCAUUAUGUUUCAACAGGAUCUAGAGGAGUUCGUACAGGUCAUUCUGCUGGUUCGAACGUUGAUCAGCAGCGCAAACAUCGCAGUAAUGAUGAUGUUCUUUACAGGCCAUCUGAACGUCAAACCUCACGAAGUAUUACUUCUGGUAGUUUUACUGGAAUAUCUGGAUAUCUCGGUGGUCGAAUGACUCGUUCAUAUGGACAAUAUGAAUCAUUUCGUGAUCAGAACAAGGAUUUCGAUAGUCAAUACUAUAUUACAAAUGGUCGUCAGAUGAGACCACAAAAAGUGUUUUACAGUCACAAGGGACAGUUUUCGAGUGCCACAGAUUUUUCUCAUGAUUAUGUUAUGAGUGACGAAGACGAAACCAAGUCACAUACUCGAUCAACCAAUCAUCCUGAGGGUAGAGCAAAAGUUUACACUGCCAGUGGACGUUUUCAUAAAACUUAUCGCAAAAAUUCAACAAAUACUUCCACAAAGUCUGAACUAAACAAUCAACCACAUAUUGAUACUGAGCAGGUAACUAAACUGACUCUGGAUAGUAUUAAUAAUCAAACAGAAGGUAUAGAUGAUUCUGAAGUUCCUACCGUUCGUGUUCCCGCUUCCGAUUCAGUUAUUAUGAACGCUCACUACACAAAAACACGUACAAAUCGUUUUGCCACGCACAAAGUUUUAGGAACAACCAAGCGUGUAAGUAAUCGUGCUGGUCAAAACCAUCAAUCAAAACGACUUAAUGGUUCGGUUGUUCAUACAUCUCGUCGUUAUCGAGAAAUGCGUGAUCGAUACAACGAUGAAAAAGAUGGUGAUGGAGGUGCCGCUGCUGGUGGUGCUGGUCGGUCUGGAACAUCUAGCGGUGUAUCUGCUUCAAUUAUGUAUAAAGCUGGAACAGGUGGUAAUAGUAAUUCUCGUAGUGGUAAUCAUUGUGGCGGUAACGGUGGUCAUUCUGAUUCUGUUGUUGAUUUUGUUGAUCAAGGAGGAAAGCAAAACAAUCAUAAUGAAAUGGUUUCCAAUAUUGCUAAUGAUUCACUUGAUGAAAACAAUGCGAACUCACGAUCACUACUUAUACGUCGGCGACAACCAGUUAUGGUAACCGGCAAUACUAGCGAUACAAAUGAUGUUGAUGAAUGGGAAACAGCAUCUGAAGGUUCAUUUUCCUCUGAAACUAUUAAAAAUUCAUCAAAGCCGCUGUCAGGUGCAAACAAACGAAAAGAUUUUUCCGAAAUGUCUACUUCUUGCCGUUUAAAAAAUGAUGUAAAGACUUCGAAUUCAUCGUCCACAGUGACAAGAGGCAAUUCAUCCAGUUGUCAUGUUUCUGAGGCAACUAUUCAUCAUCAUCGUCAUCAUGAUAAUGAUGACACGGAAGGGGGUACCAGUUCAGGAUCUGCUGGUGGUGGGAUUGCCUUACAAACGGAAAAUUCUAAAGUCUCUUCUUCCCCAUCGGUUAUUAGUGGAACUGUACAGAAAAAUGAAAAGUCAUCUCAUCUAUCCUCUGGUGGAGGAAGUUCGACAAACCAACAUAAUGCUGCUGCAUACCGUAGUAGUACACGUCCAUCUCGAUCUGGAACUACUUUCUACCAUAAAAGAAAUGAUCUAGCAUCAAUACCACCGUUAAUGUCGAUCAAGCCUCAUGCGUCAUUUCCUGAGAAUUCUUAUGUCUUAGAUUCUUUUUCUACAUGGACGACUAAUCGUUCUGAAGGUAAAGGUGAAACAAUUAUAAAAGAUGAUUUUAACAAGUUCACUCAAUCCAGUAAAGAAUUCGAUGAAUUAAAUUCAGACAUUUUUGAUGAAGACAACACUCCACAUGGAGAUGGAUUUACUAAAGUUGUCUCAAAAGCUAGCCGAUAUUUUGCUCGUCGAAGAAUGCAACAAGAAGUUGCUGUUUCUGGUGAUUCAAUUAUCAAUACAAAAAAAUCCAAUUCUUUCUCGAGAAAUUUUGGCAAUGUAAACCAAGUAUAUGCAAAAGAAUGUUCAAGUUUUUCUACUACACUUUCACAAAACUACAUGAACACAAAUGAUCAUAAAAAUCAUUCAAAUGGAUUGUUGAAAAGUUUAUCAAAUAAAAAGAAAUAUCUUCCAACUAAAGUAAGUUUUAUGGGUCCACCAAUAUGUUUAGAUACAACUUCUCAUAGUUCUUCAACAGCAGUAUGCACUGUUACAACUUCAAUUCUAUCUGGUCGAACUAAUCAGUCGAUUCCUUGUAACAGUAACAGCAACAGUUCAUCAAUAGCAACAACAACAACAACUACUACUACACCGUCAUCAUCAUCAUCGUCAUCAUCUGUAUUGCAAAAGAUUUCUUUCUCAACUACACGUACUUGGUCAAAAGUUGUUGGAACAAAAUUUGCAAAGAGUCCACCUGAAAAUCAUGAUGAUUCUUCUACAAAAACUUCUGCAUCAGUUUUACUCAAUGCAAAUUCAGUUUGGCAAACAGAAAAUUCAAAUCAUAUCAUGAAUAAGGAAGUGUCUAGGGAAGAGGAAAAGUUGCUAGAAAACGUCAACAACAUCACUGCAACCACCACUGGUACGGAUUCAAUUGUGAAAUGUUCUUAUGCUUCUAUGCAAUCAAUAUGGUCGACAGGUGAUGAUAGCGCACCUCAUCAAUCAAAUAAAAAUCAUUUAACUAAUAAUGCUACUCUACUCUUAGCCAGUAGUAGUACUAAUAGUAACAGCAGCAGUUGUAGUAGUAGUACAGUUCAAGCUACAGUUGUUCCUUCUACUGGUCCACUAUGUACCAUUAGUCCUUCAACUACAUUCUCAUCUCAAAUUUCUAAUAACAUUUGUAAAGUCAAACCUCAACAACAACUCCUUCAGGUCUCUUCUAUCUCAUCGCUUGUUCCAACCUCGAUGCACUUAAAUCUUUUGAGUCCAUCGAAUAAUAAUAAUAGUAAUAAUAAUACUAUUAAUAAUAAUUUGAUUGAGAAUAUAUCCACUACAGAUUUGAUAGCAGAUAGUGAAAGAUCAGAUUUUGAAUGUUGCAGUGAUAUUGGACGUUCAAGUGCCAUUUUAAGAUCACACAAUUCAGAUAAUCUUCAAAAUUUAACAACCACUUCCUUACCUAGUAAUUCAUUUCAAUCUUGGUCUUCCAAUGCUGCAUUAUAUCCACCAUUCUCUUUAUCAACUAUUCCUGUGAAUCGUCAUGAGAAUACUAUGUUUUCCGGUAAUGUUUGGCCUACAGCAACUGAUCAAAGUAUCGAUAUGAAUAUGAAUUGUAUGACAGGUUCAUAUAAUACUCCUCCACCUGGUACGAAUCAAGCACAUUUUCAAAAUCAAUUAAAUUCUAAUAUUUUCUCGAAUGUUUUAACUCACAACAAUACUGUCCAAUCAUUGGAUAGUAGUAUGUCUAAGCAACAAUCGAAUAUUUCUAUUACACCGAGACAACAACAGCAACAACCACAACCACAGCAUGUACAAUCAUAUCAAAGUUCUAUAUUAGCACCAACGGAUAGAUUAAAUAUGUAUUCUAAUGGUCCUUAUGGAAAUAAUUCAGCAGAAUUAGGUAAACUACCAAACAAUAUGUGCGGUGUUCCGUCUCAACAACAAAUGAGUUUUGUGUCUGCAGCAGCAGCAGCAGCACCUUCAUUAUAUGUUCAUCCACAGUCGACUGCAAUUCAACCAGCAGCUCGUUCUUUUCAUCCUUCUAUGUCAAUUCCGAUUCAGUCACAAAUGAGUCAAGCUCGAAAAUGUAGACAACAGGUUCCUCCACAUCAAAUGGAUCCAUCGACAUUUACUGCUGGAUAUACGAGUUAUCCUGCAGAUGUGAAAAAUGAAUACAAUUUCCCUCCGUCCAUCGCUGGUUGUAUUCCACCUCCUCCCACUGGUGGCCUUUAUUCCGCCAUUCAUCCUCAUUCACAAUCUAAUUACCCACAGAAUUCAGGAAGACAUACACUAGGAUUUCCUACGACUGUAAAUUCAUAUUCUCUCCUAGGAAACCCUUCUGCUACAUCCAGUCUACAAACCACUGGACAACAAUUUGCCCCAGCGAUCGGACCUGCUGCUGGUAACGGUGGUGGUUUAUUGCCACAUCCUGUUCCUCAAGGUGGUUACAAUAAUGCACCUUGUCAUUUCCAAACACCGAUUACUUCAAAUUCUGUCUCAAAUUAUGCCAACGCUUCUAACUAUGUAGGUGUGAUUGGAGGAGGUCGGCCUAAUACUGAUCAUUCAAAUGCUACUGUUCGACAAAGAGGUUUACAGCAUCACAAUUUAUUCACUCAUCCAAACCUUUCACAAUCACCGUCAGCUCAAGGACAACAGUCCUUUCAAUUGCCAUCCAAUUUUUAUCCGUCAAUUUCACCGUCUCAUCAACGUGUCUCUAUUCAACAGUUUGGAGGUGCAUCUCGUGGCGCAAUCACUGGACCGAUUAAUCCGCAAAAUGGUCUUUAUGGUCCAGGAUUUUGUGGGGCUUCUCAUCCACCAAAUCAAGCUACUCCACCUCCUAUUGGACAUCAGUUAAAUCCUAUAGGUUUUUAUAAUAACCCGUUCCAAUAUCCAUCUCGUCCAGACGGACUUCAUUGAAAAUUCAACAUUAUCAUCGUAAUCAUCAUCAGCAUCAUCCGUACAAAAUGUGUGUUCUGUGACCUUGUCAAUUGUGAAAAAUUUGUUGUUUUGCCCGAGUUCUGUGCUUCCAUCUUCAUUCUAAUAAUAAUAAUAAUAAUUAUUAGAUCCUAUUUGUUAUCCAGUCACGAUUUUAGUCAAGCAUUGGUCACUAAUAAAUAAUUAAUUAAUUACUAUUUGUCUUAAAAAAAAAGUACACAUUACAUUUGUUUUUUUAUUUAGAAAAAAAUUGAAAAAAACAACAAUUAGAUCAAAUGUAGUCUUGCCCAGUUUUUUUUUUAAAGAAAAAAAAACUAGAACAAGUUCUUUUUUGAUUUCUUCUUCUUCUCCAUCUUCUGAACUCUCUUUUCCAUAUGUUUAUGUCGUCAAUUCACUGUCUCUCUCUCUCUCUGUCUCUCCGUCUUUAUACCAGCUUACUGUUUUUGGUUUUCAUCAAAAAUAUUUAUUGUUCGAAUGUAAAUUCUGUUUUUCUUGUGUUGUGUAUGAAUUCUUGUUGUGUGUGUGGAUGUGCGUGUGCGUGCGCGCGUUGAUGAACAUUGUCUCUUCCAAGAAAAUAAGAAAGAAGAAAUUACUUGUCAACAUCGACAAUGUUUUGCCCUUUUUGUUUGUUUGUGUAUUUGUGAUGAUAGGAUUGAUUGCCCACUCGCUGGCUGAUUAGGAAAGAAUUUUAUGAUUACUCAUUCUCUCUCUGUGUGUCUGAUCUUGUUGAAUCGCCUAUUAAAAUACCUUUUUGUUUGCCUAUGAGAUGAUUUGACACUUGAUCUGCGGUCUCACUAAUUACUAUUAACUAUUAUUAUUAAUAUUAUUAUUAUCAUUAUGAUUAAUUGUUGUACACGUACUCCCUUUCUGCUCAUCAGUUAACUUGAUUGGUUAUUCUUGUAAACAGGAUAUCUCUCUGAUAUAUAUAUAUAUAUAUAUAUA